AUGCUGGGGACGUUGAACACCCUUCAGUCGCAGAUUCAUGUCCUUGCAAAGACAGUUGAUAGGCUCGAGAUGCAUGGCCGCAGAAAGAUGCUUUUGUUGCAUGGUGUUCAGGAGCAGGCUAAUGAAGACCUUUCACAGCUGAUGGUAGGGUUUAUUGUGGAUAAAUUAAAAAUCAGCGAGUUCACACUGAAGGACAUCAAGCGGUGUCACAGAAUGGGCCAAUCAAAAAACACCAGCGAUAAGCCUCGACCUAUCAUCAUUAAGUUCGAGCAGGCAGCCAUCCGUGACCAAGUCUGGUUUAGUAAAGCUAAGCUUAAGGGUUCUGGUACAACUAUCUCGGAGUUCUUGACUCAAUCUCGCCGAAGUACUUUUAUUGCGGCUCGUGAGAAAUUUGGAGUAAACCGAUGUUGGACACAGGAAGAUAUUAUUCACAUACUCAGUCCUGAUAAUACUAGGCACCGCUUAACCACUAUCGCAGAGCUUCAAUCGUUACAAUUCGAGACCGCAAAGCCUGUGGCAACUUCAAAGGCAGUGCCAAAAGCUAGGAGGGCUGCGGGCGUCAAGAAAUAG